AUGGGGGAAGAAAAUUACACACCAGAUGGUUGCAGCAGCAGCUGUAGCGGUAGUGGCGGAAAGAAUCUGGAUUUUAGAGAAAUUCAAAAGGAAAUAAGCGAAUUUAAAAUUAAGCAAAACGAGACGUUCAAUUUUUAUCUAGACAGUAUUGACAAAUUGCUGGAAAAAGUUCAAAAGGCCAAGAAAAAUGUAGAGGAAAAAAUAAAAAAAAAAAAAGACGCCAUUAAGGGAGAAAGCGAUAAGAUUCGUGGAAAUGUAAAUGUAAUUGCAAAUGUGAGUGGCGGUAGUGCCCAAAUUAGCCUCAGCGGUGUAAAUACAUGUGAGGAAAAAAGCAAGUACGAUCUUAAGGAGCUCAUAAAAGACGUCAAAGAGCUGAAAAUUACCGAAAAGGUGAGUGAAGAAAAUAAAAAGUUUUACAACAUUUUGCUGUCAUCUUAUAGGGGUAUCAUAUCUUUGAUAAAACAGGAAACUCCAGAGAUUUUCAAAAACGUUAACAUAAAAAAAAGCGUCAUCCUUAGAUUAAUUCUACUGCACUUUUUGCAGAAGGGCGAUUUCUUUAUGUACUACGUGUUGAAUAAAGAAAUUUUGAAAAAAAAAAAAAAAAAAAAAAUGGAAAAGGAUACGCCUGAGGUGAGUGGACUGGGCCAGAAUUCCCCCUCGAAUGAAAAGAUGCCAUUGUGCAAUCAAGCGAGGGUGGCGGUCGAGGGGGGGAAUUCCAAAAAUGGCCCCCAAAAUGGUCAUCAAGCUGACUCCCCAAGUGACCCCCCCGAUUGCCAGCACACCAGCGAAGCCCCAGCGACGAGUUGCCCCAAGGAGAAAACAAACCGCCAUGGACAGCGCUACACAGUCCUCCUGAACAACAUAAGAAAUGCCAAAUUCGCUUGCUCAAAGAGUGAUCUAUUUUCCCAGCUGAAAGAAGAAUAUAUAAGCAAAAUAUCUUUUGAAAAUGACACAGAACAGAUCCAAUUUGAGCAUGCAUUAAUUGAGAAAGAAGUAUUCGAGGGAUAUACCAAACUGCACAGGAUUUUGUACCAUCUGAAGAGGUUCCAAGUGGACACGUGUAUCGAGUGGUACAAUAACUGUAGCGAAGCGACGAGGAAGAAGUAUGUAAAGCUAAUUUACCUACUACACUGUAUUAAUUAUUUGAUGUAUUCGAAGGAGGAUAAGGAGAAGGCACUCAGCUGCUUAAGGGACCUCAUGAUAAACUACAGUGAAAACAAGUCGCACAUAUCCAGGCUGAGCACCUUCAUUUGCAUCGGGGUGGAUAACUUUUUCUUUAAAAACAUGUUUUCCAGUGUCCACUCGAAGGUUUUCAACUUUUUUAAGAGAGCUUUUAAUGAGGAGGGCAUCCUAAUCCGCGUGCCCAGGAGGGGCAAGCGGGCAGGGAGAAGCGGCCCAAAUUGUGAAAAUUGCCCCAAUUGCCCAAACUGUUUACAUCACCCACAUCGCCAGAGGGACGGCCUGCCCCACGACGGGGCUGCACACCAUCGUGACGGUAAAGAAGGGACCACUUUGGCUAGCCAAAUGUCGGAAAAGCGGAAGAAAAAAAAAAAAAAAAAAUUAACCACUCGACAGAGCAGUGAGGAUAACCAGGAUGAGCCCUCCGAUGGUAACCGCCGGGAUAGCCGUACUAUCACCGCUUUAUCAAAAAGGAAGGAAAAAAAACUGGCCAAGUUGGUCCAAAAGAGAAACGAAAAAAUGAAAAAAAUAAAAACAAAUGAGCACAUUUUGAAGAGAAAAAUAAAGAAAAAUAAAGAAAAUGUGAUAGGCAAAAAAUCCAAGAAGAAAAAAAAAAAAAAAAAAAAAAACAUACACACAGCAAGUAUGACACAUCAGCAGGUAUACGGCCUCAGCAACAAAGUCAGGAGCACCCAGGGGCCAUUAAUUCACAACGAUAUAUAUAAGGAGAAGUACGUUCACUACGAUUCGGAUGAUACGUAUGGCAACACAGGGGAAGAAGAAGAUGGCACUCUCCCGCUAAGCGAAACGUUUAUAGAAAAUCGAAUAGAUGAGUUUAUGAGAAACGAAAAGAGGAUGAGCAACCCGUUUUUUUACGACACAGCGGAUGAGCAUUAUGUAAAUGGAGAGAGGUUAAUUUUGCCCGACGUUAAAUACGCCAGCUUUGGAGGGAGAAGACACAGCAGUGGCGUCUGCGCUGGGAGGGCAAAGUCCCGGGGAGACAGCGAUGCGGAUGAUAAGCUGAACAAAGGAUGGUACAGCCACGUUUUCAAAUGCACCAAAGACGUUUUUGUAGAAGUAAAUGCGGGAAAAAAUGAAGCCAGCUUUUCAAGAAACGAAAGGGAAGAAAACCAAACGUGGAGAAACGAUUACAAUUACCAUCAUCGUAGAUGUAAGAAUGAAAAGAAGGAGCCAGAAGCUGUCUAUCUGUACGAACUGAGCGAAAAUGAAUUUUCGCAAAUGUACCAAAAUGAUACCUCCUAUAUUACCUACAAAACAUUGAAGAAAGCGGCACAGUUUUAUGACCAUAAUGACACAAAAAUUAGGGGAAGCACAAAUAAAAAUUUAAAUAGUGGCUAUACAAACUUCCUAAAUGUCAGUAGCACAUACUAUACGAGCAAUUCUUACUAUGAGAGGGGUUCCCAUUUAUGUGCUCUGCAGAGUAGGAGCAGUGAAGGUGCCAGCUUUUUCAAACAACCAAGUGGUUACGCUUCCAACAUUUCCGAGGCACACUCAUUUCGUGCGCUAACGAACUCGUGCUUUAUGAAAAAGCCAAACAGUUUGAAGAGGAAAUUUGCCAAGUGUAAAUUUUUGACGCGUAGUGGCAAAUGCGAAAAAAUGAGCGAAAAGAAAAUAAAAAAAAUGGACACUACGUUACCCUCCGCGGACGGUGCAGCAGGGGAGCAUGUAGGGGAUGCCGCACGUAGCGCAGCGUUGUUAGCAAUGGAGGAGGAGAAAAAAAAGAGCACUGCUGAGGGCAAAACUGAGAAUGUUACGAAGACUUCCACCUGUGACAAGCAGAAGGGAAGCAAAAGCGCGAGGGGGAAAGAAAAGGGAAAACAGGAUGGUCAUGAUGACGGUGAUGACGAUAACGAUAACGAUGAUGUGGUGGGGGACCUAAUCAACAGCAGCAGCGGUACCCUGUCGACAAAGGUCAAACACGUCGAUGAAGAUUUCGAGUCGUUUAAGGAGCAGCUGGGGGGAGACACGGAGCAAUGGGCUAGCAGCUCGCAAAGCAAUAAAACCCCCAGCUCGGAGAGGGCCAUGCUGGACUCAAGUGAAGACGACUUCCACUUCUCCACCUCGGCCAGCUCGGACGAAAAUGCGAAAAAAGAUCUCAACAAAGUGAAAGAACAAGUAGAUUUGAUAAAGGAAGAUUUCAUAAAAAAAAACACCGCCAUUGCUUUGCUAAAUACCAACAAUAUACAGGCGUAUAAUAGAGCCAUAUUAGCUGCGAAAAACACCAGGGCGAAUAAAACCCCCACCGAUGUGAGCAGAAUUGUGCUAACUCACGCUUUAACCAAUAGAGAAAUGUACACCCUGCAUAGCUCUCUCUCGAACUAUAAGAACAAUGCCGAGUUUCGACGCAUCUGUCUCAAGUGGAAGGCCAAGAAGGAGAAGCGAAAGGAGCGACUCAGAGGAAAGGGCAAGAGCAGCCGCGGCAAUGACGAUCAGCAGAAGGGGAAAAAAAAGAAAAAAAAAAAAAAAAAAAAAAAAAGUACAAAGGGUAGCGAAGUUGGUAAGCAGAAUAAGGGGGAGGAAAAUCAGAACAAGGAGGGAGGAAAGACAGUCGCGUCCCAUGAGGGAGUGCACGAGAAGAAAGAACAACCAAGUGUAGAGCAGUCGCAAGUGGGGCAUUCUUCCCCACCUGCAGAGGAAAAGCUCCAGGAAAGCGUCGAACAGGAGGAAAAACCAACUGCUCCAUCGAAUUUGAAUGCCGAGAAUUCCCCCUCUACCGGGGAAGGAAAAAGCGCCGAGGUUUUGCCAACCCAGUCGAAAGGAGGGACCCCCCCCGAAAAUUCCCAAGAGGGCGAACCAAAAAUGGAAGCAGAUGAAACGGUUUUAUCUGAAAAAUGCGAAGAAGGAAAAGGAGGUAAUGCUGAUGAGGUGCACACGGGGCAGGGACCUAACAACGAAUCUGCCGAAAAGGUAGAAGACUCGCAUGGUGCCUUAGGGGAAGAGGGAGUCAUUCCGGCAGGCAGCCCGGACGAGGCUAAGAACAACCCAAGUGGUGCUGGUAACAAUGCCGACUAUGCUGCUGCCCCGAGCGGGGAGGAAAUUCAUCACUCAGGUUCAGAGGCGAAGGGCGGAAAGGAUGAAAAAGGGAGCAUCGAGGUGGAAGCGGCAGGUCAAGGGACAAACCCCACUGCAGAGGAAUCCCCCAAAGAUGAAGCAGUCGAGAGGAACGAAAACGAGGGGGAAAGGCAGAAUUUGCGGAAGGAAAACGAGGCGGGCGCGGGAGAAGAAGCAGACGAUAAGGACCACCCGACGGACGGAGAAAAGGUGAAGCGCAAGGAAAGCGCCGAGGCAAAAAUCAGGAAGGAAAAGAAGGGAGUUUUCUUGGGGUCCUACAAAAAGAACUUCAAAAAGAGGAGGUAUGACCCCAAUUUUUUUUACGACGAAAAGAUGGAAGCCAAGAUGAAGAGAAAUAAAAACGAGAGAAGUGACAGCAAAGCCGCUAAGAGUAAAAAGGACGGCUGCGGUUGGUUCAGGAGCGCCAAGUGCGCAGCAGGUAAAAAAGGAUCCCGCGGAAGAGGCCGAGACAGCGACAGCAACGGCGAAGGCAAGAAGAAAAAGGACUCGAGCAAAAAGGACAAAAAAAAAAAUAAAGAGAAAAAGAAGAAAGACGACGAUAAAGGAGAGUCAAAAAAUAGUAAGGACCCCGGAAAGGAACAGAACAGCGCAAGUGGUGAAGACGCCAAAAUUGAGAAGGGAAGGGAGAAGAGCUGCAAGGAGAAAAAGGUUUACGUCCACUUGGAGAGCCCCCUAUCCGUUCUGGUGUGCGGAGGAUUGAUCUCCUCGAAGAAGCUUAUAGAGGCCCAGGCCAUCCUGAAGGAAAACAACAAAAGACUACAGGAGGCGAAGAACAGCUCGUCCCUAACCUUUGCGAGCGAGAGACAUGCAGACAAAUGCCUUGACAAAUUUGGGAAGGAGAAAAAUAAAAAGAACAAGGAGAACGGUGCUCUCUUUUCAAACUCCCUGGCGGUGGAAGUCGAUUUGAGUGGGUGCUUUUUUUUCCACUCCUCCUUCACCUGCCCCAUUAGUAGGGACAAAUCGUCCAAGGAGAACCCGCCCUACGUGCUGAGAUGCGGGCACGCCAUUUGCAAAAGCUGCGUGGACAAAAUUCACGCGCAGAGGUCCAGACAGUUCAAGUGCCCCAUGUGCCCGCAGUACCUGCAUUUAAUAGAGAUAAUUCCGCUGUACUUUAACUAG